CCUCCACUCCACUCUCGCUGGACGUUUGUACGAGGCGACCCCGGUCUGAAACUUCAGCCACGAUCCGUCAAACGGGCCUGGGCAGUGAGUCGGUGGCGGCUGGCUCCCGGGAGGAACAGCUGGGAAGAGGCUUUGGUUUUUGAAAGUUGUCUUGCUUUCAUUUGCUGAGGUGCGAGAUCACAUCUGAGUCUAACAUUUCCUGUUAAUAUUUCCUCAUUAGCUUGGAUUGGCCGACCUGUCCUGGCUGUAACAUUUGCCCCAAACAAAUUUCACAUUUUAAUCGGUAGGCAGCGAAGGAGGGACGUUUUGCUCUUCAUGUUCUAAUAACAACUUGCAUUUGUGUCGUGCUUGUAUCGUCGACAAAUAUCCUGGAGCGGCUUCACCGAGAUACUCGAAUGUUAACUGACCCGAGGAGACGUUAGGAAGGGGUGAUCAGCAGUUUGGAUAGAGAUUACCAACUGGAAUGUUUGUUGGGAAAAUUAUAGAGCCAUGAAGAGAAACAAACAGUGGAAUGUCAGCAAAGCACUGGCUCUUGCCAGUCUCUAUCACUUUCUUCAUAGUGCAGCAGCAGCCUGUGUAGUUCCAUUCCUUACUAUAUACUUCAGGCAGCUUGGAUUGACUGCACAAUUUGUUGGCAUUAUCAUGGGAGCAAAGUAUUUUAUCUUCAUGCUUUGUACUCCCUUUUGGUCUUACUGUGCUGGGCGCCAUAACAAAAGAAGAGUUCUUAUACUUGGUUCCUUGUUGUCAUCAGUAGGAGCAGGCCUUCUAUUCACACUCAUUCCACCUAUAGAUAAGGAAAUAGAAUACAAAUUCUGUAACAGAAGUAUAUAUGCAAAAAAUGGUUGGAAUCAAAAUACAAGACCAGAAGUCAAAGACCAUAUCAGUGACAUUAAGAUGAAUAAAUUUGCACAUACCAUUCUUCCAACAGUAGUGAAUGGUGCUUUAACAAGCCAUCCUAGUUCAACACUUCAAGCUGAAAUUGAAGAAAACCUCCCGGGGCUGACCACUGUUGAAGCAUCUAUUACAAACAGAAUCAACCCUCUAAAACAGCCACACAAGACUGAACUGAGCAAUAUUACAUAUUUGUAUGUAUCAACUCCAGAAAAUAGGGGUAGUACACAAACUGGAGAUGAUAAUCGUCAAUCAAAGUUGAACCAAUUUCUACAGAUGAAAGAGUCUGGCCAUGUAAGAACCCAGGGAGAAUCUGCCAAGCAUCUUUCUUUUAAAGAAGAUCACAAGGAGAAAAACAGCACUUUAGAUGUUUACUCUAGUUCAGUUAACAGUGGCAUCAUGAAAAGGGAUGUUGCUUUGGAAACUGGUUCUGAAGACCGAUUAGAAAAGCAGCACAUUAACACUGAGCCUGAUCACAGUUUUAAAAUUCUAGAUAACCAACACCAGACACUCGUGCUUAUUUUACUAGCUGUGGCUCUAUGGGAGGUUCUAGCAUCAGCUUUGGAGUGGGUUGCAGAUGAUGGGCUCUAUGACUAUCUGGACUUCGUUGACUCUGUUGACCGUUAUGGUAAACAGUGGAUUUGGGGUUACUUGGGCACAGCUGGAGCAGCUUUUAGUAUUGGGAUUCUUGUGGAUAGGCUGCACUGUUUUAUUAAUGCAUAUACUUCUAGGAUUGCAGUGCACUUUUAUGGUUAUGCAGUGUUGAUUACAUUGACACUUGUUGUUGGUGUGUUCUAUCCAAUUCACACAGCUAAGAAAAAUGACAUGAUAAACCGCACUGUCAAAGGGUUGCAUCUGUUGGGAGGUGAUGGAAGGGCUAUGUUAUAUGUGAUCACAGUCUUUAUCACAGGAGCUAUUAGAUCUACAAUAAACAACUUCCUGUUCUGGCAAAUGCAGAACAAUGGAAGCAGUGAGGCUUUUAUGGGCAUUGCUGUAGCAAUUGGAUUUAUAGCUGAAGUUCUACUUUAUCUUUUCAAGGACAAAAUGUUAAAGAUCCUGUCAUUCUCUGGAUCAGUGGCAUUUGGACUUGUAUGCCUCACAGCCCAGCUGCUUUACUAUUCAUUCCUCUGGUCCUCUUGGGCAGUAUUGCCUAUUCAAAUCCUGAAUGCUUUUAGCAAUGGUGCCUUGUGGUGGGCUGUUUGGGGUCAAGUUAAUGAUCUAGCUACCCCUGGUAUUGAAAGAACACUCCAUAAAAUCUACCAUGUUUUAUCCUUUGGUCUAAGUGCAAGCAUUGGCAGUGUUUGCAGUGGCUUCAUUGUGAACAGUUUUGGCAUAGAAAGACUUUAUCAAGCAUGUUCAGCUAUUGCUAUGGUUUGGUUAGUAGUCUUCCUCAUUGCACAGUCAAAAAUUCCUCGGCAAAAGAGGGUAAACUAUUCGCAGCUCUUAGCUGAUACCAGUGAUAUGAGUGACUCGGAUGAUGAGCAAGGUAAAGAUUGGCUUAUUACAGCUCUGAAAAAUGAUGACUUUUUACAGAAGUAGUUAGUCUUAAUAGGUUUAUCUCUUUAGUCCAUUCCUUGUUGAAUAUAUAUGGAAUCUUUAUAUUUAGCACAAAUGUCCUGGUUGUUGCUUUAAAGUCUAAGCCAAAGUGGACAUCUGGAAUGUAAAUUUUCAGAUGACAACUUAAUAACCCAUUAAAGGUUAAAUGAUUUGUGCUUUUCAAGAUUAGUAUGCUAAUUCUGUUUGUGUGAUUCUCUUUUGAGGGUGGCUCUUUUAGCCGCAAGUUUAUGGGAUAGAGAUUUAUUUUUAAAAAGGUAAAUUAUGGGAAGUUUAUAAUUUUUGAAUAAAUGAGUAUAUUUGUUUUGAGAUGGAAAUGUUCCUUCAGUAGUUAUCAAGUCAUAACCUCAAUGAUCAGAUGUUGUUGCCUAUAGGGGUGUCUUCGUAAAUGUAAUAUAAGGCUAUUGUAUGAUAUACUUCUAUGCGUAUUGAAUGCUAACAGAACCAGAAUUAUUCUGGAUUGACUGUUUUCUCGUCCAUUGCUUGAAAUGAGACAGGCUGGUAAUACAGAUCUCCCAUUUAUGCUGUAUCUAAUGUACAAAUAAUUUAAAUAGGAAAAUUGCAUUUAUACAGUACCUUUUUAUCAUGCAGUCAUUCAUUUGUUGUCACUUCGGCCUUAGUGGGAUCACUUGUCAUGCUUCUUUCUGGUUUUCUUAAAGCCUUUCUGUCAACAUUUCCAAUGUUAUCCAUCCCAUCUAAUUUUAUUACAUCUACUGUUUUUAUCCUCAUUUUCUCUUUCAGUUGAUGGUAGAACAAGCUGUCUUUCUUUGUGUAAAAUCUCUGCUUGGCAGUCUCUCCCGCUCUCUCUCUCUCACUCUUGCUCUCUCGUUCUUGCUCUCUCUCUCUGUCACCUCCUCCCCUCGUCUAAACUACUUGGUAAUCCUUUUGAUUCUUGGUCUACACUACUCAUUUGUCUUUCUCUUCAACUGAUUCUGAGCAUUCACUGUUGUACCCAUAUUUCAUUUGUUAUCCUCCUUUCACUUUCUUCAGAGUCUAACUCUUGCAGCCACAGCGUGUAACACCCCACACUAGUGAUUGGACUAGAUAUUUUUCCGGAUUUGUGCUCAUGCUUUUGAAUUUUAAGACACAAGUUUAGAUCACUGGUCAUGCCUUUUGUAGCUAAUCUAACGUGUAUUUCAAUCUUGGAAAUAACUUUAUUUAUAAUUAAGUCAGUUUCAUUGAAUUUGUCUUCUUUUUAUCACGAUACUUCCAAUCUUGACUUCCAUUGCCAUUUAGUCUCUUGAUGUUGGUCUUUGCCUAAUUUAUAUAAUCAGUUCAAAAGAUGCUGUCUUUUGAGUAGGCCUGCUAUAGUUUCUAGCUGUUUCUUUAUUUUGGCCAUGUGCAGUAUCAUGUGGUAUGAUGUGGCUACAUCUCUCUGGUAACUCUUCCUGCACCAUCCUAAUUUCUUUUCUCAUCAUAAUGUCCUCAUCACAUUCCAGAAAUGCAUCUUACCCAAUUCAUUACAUACAUUGUCCUUGUCCUACCUUUUUCUCAUGAUGCUUUUCAUUUUCUACCACAUUCCCUAAUACUGGGGACAUCAGUGGAAGCUGUCCACAGCCAAUUUAUACUUGCUCUAAUUUCAUUGGAAGACAUUUCUAGCAGUACAUUUUAGUAAGUUCCCUGUUUUUACUAAGUUCCUGUUUACCCUUUUUGGUGGGAAAUACUUGAUGAUAUGGAUAUGAUAAAGAAAUGUUGAGGCUAGUUUUUUUUUUAAAGUGAGAUGUGAGCAAUUCCAUAAUUUAUGCUGUUCAUAUUUUAGAUUGCAUUCAAGUUUGGGAAUCCUAGAGAAGUAACAGAAUCGUAUGUUUGUCUUGGUAGAUUUUCUUGUUAGGGAUUUUGAUCAAUAGAUAUUAUACUCGGGUUAGACUUUAAAUAAAAAUGGAAAAUGCUGAAGAUGCAAUACUGGUCCCUUGGCAUUUGCAAGCAAAAAGACAAUGUUUUAAACUGUCAGAAUUGAUGGGAGCAGAAUUGAAAAUGAGCAAAGGAGAAAAAUCAUAAAAGUCGCAUACAGAUUUGCCAACUGCAGUUAAAAGCAGGCAGCUAUUUUUUUUUACAUAAACCAGAAAAUGAGGUGCAAGAUGAUUUUUCAGUCUAAUCAGUUGAGUGUUAAUAUCAUAUUAUGCUGCAGCAAGUGUUUUCUCUAAUGCCAAGUAUACAAUUGAGUCAGGAAUCAACAGGUCAGUUAGUAUGUUUAGCAUUUGUAGAUUAAUUAUUUUGUCAGCUUAAAAUAGAUUUAUUUUUCUCAUGGAGUACCUGCUUAACAGGUUGUUGGCAACUCAGUUCUUAAAGUUUGUGUAAAGCAGCUGUACAAACACCAAGUUUGCAUUUUUAAUGCCUGGCCCUUGGUAAGUUAGUUAAUCAAAGCUGCACUAAAGAACUCAAAAUUCUUACAAAAUCUGCCUGAUAUUUCUCGUUCUUGAUUGUGAUUCAGUAAUGCCUUGCUAAAAAGAGCACAACUGAAUAUUUGAUGAGGAUAUGAUUGACGUAGGUCCUUUUCUCAUGCCAUUCCAUAGUGAGAUAACCUAAUAACAUUGAGUAGGCUGACAUGAAGAUUGACUGACUGCUUGGAUAAAAUUCCAGGAGGAAAUAAUUGCCCAUUGUAUGGUAUGGCCAUCAUGAAUCAUUGAUUUCCAGAAAGUUAGAGACUUUUUAAAAAAAAAAAAAUUGUAAUGGAGAGCCCCAGUAAAUGCACAUCCUCUGAGGACCUCCACAACAUAUUUUUUAAAGUUGAAAAUUCUUCAGGGAAUUGUUGUAGAUAGAGAAUCAAAUAGCACAGCAGGAGACCAUUCAUCUCAAUAUGCAAUUGAAUGAGCUAACUAUUUGCCUCACUAUACUCAACAUUUUCUGUUUUCAUGCUGGAUUCCUUUGCCAUCAAAAUUUGUAGAAUUUGAAAUGAAGGAACUUUUUAAAACUUGUGACAUUUUGCUCAUUUUUUUUAAUAUAAAUCUUUCUAGAUGUGGUAUUGGCUUCCCAAUCCAAUAGAACAGAACAUUCUCAGCUGGUAGGUCAGGCAAUGAGCUGAUCUGUUUCAAGGACCAAUAUUACUUCAAGACUAGGCUUGGAGUGCUUCACUCCAUAUAUCCCAACUAAGAGUCUUCCAUUUUUUUAGUACUGUACGUGAUACUCUAAUGAAACAUGCCAAUUGCACAAACAAUAACUGAGGUUCCUUUUUUUUAAGAAAGAAGCCAUACAGUAUGGGAUAGGGCAGGGGAGAGAAAUGUUCUUGAUUUGCAAAAUUCGAUACAUCUUGUUUAGAAAAGUUUCAUACACAAUUUGGAAUAGAAACUUCUUAACAUCUUGUGCCUUGGCCUAUUAACAUGCAAACUAAUUGCAUAGUUUGGACUGUGGUGAACUUAAUUCACACUUCCUUCAAGAAUCAACUUUGCAACAUCAGUGCAUUGAAGUAUACUGUAGCAUUAUAAUUGCAGUUGAAAACAAGAUACUGUGUAUAAUACCUGAACUCAGUUUAAAUAUUUCCCAAAUACAGGUCAUCAGCACUGUGGUGGUUUUUCAUUUGAAUGCUGAAUACACUUAGCUUUUUGGGAAAAGUGUUUUACAUUUUGAGAUGACUGUGUUUGAAUAUGUAAACAUUCCAUUCAAGUGUUACCUUUGAGAGAAGAAAGCACUCACAGAAAAAAGUGAUCUUUCAUUAAAGAAAAAAGCUUAAUUCUUGGAA